UUACGAAGAGCACCAACAUGCAGUCUUUCCCCAUCCUAACCCUCUUUGCCAUCGUCCUGGUGGCCCGAAGAGCCGAGGCUGGUUCCCUCAACCUUGGAUCCCUGAUGGGGGAUGUGUCCCAAGUGGCCGUCGCUGGGGAGAAGGUCAUCCACCAACUGGAGAACGCUGUGGCCAGCUCCCAAUCGGAUUUCGUCCAGCCAACCACUCUGAAUAUCCUCAGCGAUAUGGGAAAUGCCCUGGGUGACCUGGCUAACGCCAUCACUAGUUUGAGAGUGGAGAAUGAUUAUGUGCAACCCGAGGCCACCAAUCUGUUGGGCGAUGUUCUGGGUGGAGUUGGCACUGGCCUUGGUGACUUGGCUAACGCCAUCACCAGUCUGAGUCUUCAGAUGAAGACGGGUCCCCAGGGUCGCAGUCUUUCGUCUGAUAGCGCUUCUAUCGUAGCCGAAGGAGGAGCCGUGAGUGCCAAGACAAUUGCCGCUGCUGCCGAUGCCGCUGCCCCCUACAUAAGGCAGAUAAUGCUGGCCUAGGCGAUCUGGCAGUAAGUGGUGCUUAAAAACUGUUGCUAAUCUGAUGAGUAAUGAAUUUCGUGCCCCUCGCAGAGUGCCAUCACCAGCCUCUGAGCAACUUUCAAGCCGUUCAAUUAACAAAUAAAUAUUCAAUCGCCCAAA